GCCCAUUUGUGAAAGCAUAGAAAGGGGCUUCCGUCCGAUAGAUUGCCGGAUUAGUCGAAUUGAGGAAAUUUUAGGAUUCGAUUCUAGCAAUAUGGGCUACGAUUAGUAGAUCUUUUCAAUUCUAACAAAGAAGAUAGUAGGAAAGUUUUAAAUAAUUCAAGAGACAGCGUCGAGUGAAAAAUUGAUUAAUAAUUUGAGGUACAGAUGAAUAAGCAUUUGGGGUUGCAUUUGGGAGUGAGAGGCACAACGAUUCUAGAGUAGUUCUUUGGUUUAGUUUUAAGUUAUUCUGGAUUGUGGAAUAAUUAGAAUUGAAGAUCUAUUUGCUAUGACUUAUUGCUAUUAAAUUUUAUGUUGGAUUUUAUGAAGAAGGAUGCUGGAGUGGUUCAGAAAGGUGAAAAUGAUCCUAUUUUCUCUACUUCCUGUAUGCUUCAGUUCUUAUACCAUGACUUGAUUUUGCUGGAAAAUCAAAUACCUUGGUUUGUGCUUGAGCUUCUGUUUAGCUUAACAAGUGAUUCGUUUGAAACCAAGUCCUUACUUCAACUCGCCUUGGUUUUCUUCGACAACAUUUUUUCAUCUGAGAAAUCUCCUAUACAACUAAAUCUCUUCGCCAAUCAAGAAAUCCAGCACAUUCUUGAUUUGAUAAGAAGUUCUUUGGUGUUGCCACUUGGGCAGCAGCAAGGCCAAGAAGAGACAGUGGGAUCACCAAGCAUCCUGGAUGCCAAAUUCAGAAGAGGCACUCUGGAAAUGCCAUCAAUUCUCGUCCAAGAAACCAUUGAACCUGCCUUCCGAAAUCUGAUCAGCUACGAGCAAUGUUAUCCAAAUUGUUCUCCCAGAAUUACAAGCUAUGCUAUUCUCUUGGACAACCUUAUCAACAAUGAAGAGGAAAUGGAAGAACUCGGCAAGAGUGGGAUUCUUAUCAACUGGCUUAACCCGCAUGACACCACACCGUUCUUUAAGAUGCUAUACCAUGACACUUUUGUGAAAGAGUUUUAUUACUGGAAGCUUUGCUGGGAAGUGAAUGAAUAUCAGCAGAAAUUUUGGCCUAAAUGGCGAGCUUUUUAUACCCACAAUUUUUUUGCAAAGCCAUGGGCCAUUGUUUCUCAGAUUGCUGCUGCUAUCCUUCUCGUCCUAACUUUCCUGCAAACCAUUUAUUCCAUGAAGUGAUGAAUACUUGUUGUCAUGCAUGUCAUAUCAUGUUGAGACACAAACAAAAAUUGUCAUGAGUUAAUGAUAUGUAAUAUUCAUGAUCUGGGGACUCUUUACUUUUGAUGAAUCUCUUAUGAGGAAUUUGAUUAGAAUAUAAAGUUUUCUCAAUC